AUGGGGCUCUGUCAUGGAAAACCAAUCCAGCAUCAAUCGAAGAAGAGCCUCCCAAUCUCAAACGAAACCGAUGAGGAGUUACCAAAGAGAUCAUCAGGGUUUCCGCUUUAUAGCCCUAGCCCAUUACGUAGCCUCUUCAAAGCCUCACCUGCCGUGUCCUCCUCGAGCGUGAGCUCCACGCCACUCCAUAUCUUCAAGCGACCGUUCCCACCUCCAUCACCCGCCAAGCACAUACGCGCUUUCCUCGCGCGUCGCCACGGCUCCAUCAAGCCCAACGAAGCAUCCAUCCCUGAAGGCAGCGAGUGCGAUCUUGGCCUCGACAAGAAGUUCGGAUUUUCCAAGCAGUUCGCUUCUCACUACGAGAUUGACGGCGAGGUGGGUCGAGGUCAUUUUGGGUAUACUUGCUCUGCUAAAGGGAAAAAAGGCAGCUUGAAAGGUCAAGAUGUCGCUGUCAAAGUUAUUCCCAAAUCCAAGAUGACUACGCCAAUUGCAAUUGAGGAUGUUAGAAGAGAAGUGAAGAUAUUACGGGCUUUGACUGGUCACAAGAACCUAAUCCAGUUCUAUGAUGCCUUUGAAGAUGAUGAAAAUGUUUACAUCGUCAUGGAGUUAUGCAAAGGUGGUGAACUCUUGGACAAAAUACUUCAAAGGGGAGGCAAAUACUCGGAAGAAGAUGCUAAAAAAGUUAUAGUUCAGAUUCUUAGUGUAGUAGCGUACUGUCACCUUCAAGGCGUGGUUCACCGUGACCUCAAACCAGAGAAUUUUCUCUUCACUACAAACGAUGAGAAUUCUCCACUGAAAGCCAUUGAUUUCGGUCUCUCGGACUAUGUCAGACCAGAUGAGAGAAUGAAUGACAUUGUAGGAAGUGCUUAUUACGUGGCCCCGGAAGUUUUACACCGUACAUAUGGAACUGAGGCAGAUAUGUGGAGUAUUGGAGUGAUUGCUUACAUACUUCUCUGUGGUAGCAGACCCUUUUGGGCCCAUUCCGAAUCUGGAAUCUUCCGAGCUGUUCUUAAAGCAGAACCCAUUUUCGACGAAGCUCCUUGGCCGUCUCUUUCACCUGACGCUGUCGAUUUUGUGAAGCGCUUGCUGAACAAAGACUACCGUAAAAGACUAACUGCUGCACAGGCUUUGUGCCAUCCGUGGCUGGCUGGUUCACAUGAGUUAAAGAUACCAUCUGAUAUGAUCAUUUACAAGCUCGUAAAACUAUACAUAAUGUCGUCUUCUUUGAGGAAAUCGGCUUUAUCGGCGAUCCUGAAGAGCUCGACAGAGGCUACAAAGGAUUCAAGAGUCUUGGAUUUUGUACACAUGAUUAGUUGUCUUGAGUACAAGAAACUAGACUUUGAAGAGUUUUGCGCUUCGGCUUUAAGUGUUUAUCAGCUUGAAGCAAUGGAAACUUGGGAGCAACACUCACGCCGUGCGUAUGAGUUGUUUGAGAAGGAUGGUAACAGAGUGAUCAUGAUCGAGGAACUUGCAUCGGAACUUGGAAUCGGUCCGUCGGUCCCUGUCCAGGUUGUUCUUCAGGAUUGGAUAAGACAUUCUGAUGGCAAGCUUAGUUUCUUGGGGUUUGUCAGACUCUUACACGGCGUGUCCUCUCGGACAUUGCUAAAAGCGUAG